AUGACAGACACAGUAAUGAGCAGCAGCUCUGACCGCUGGAUGUCUAAUGACAAGCAGAGAAACAUGCCUUCUGGUGAAAAAGAACAGAGUAACUGGACCACACAGUCCGGCCCUGGUUCUGGUCCUGAACUGACAGAUGAAGAGAAGGAGAUAAUAAACAGUGUGAUCGCCCGGGCUGAGAAGAUGGAGGCCAUGGAACAGGAGAGAAUCGGGCGUUUAAUAAACCAUCUGGAUGACAUGAAGAAGACAGCGUGCGGAGAUGGAGUGUCCCGCUGUCUGCUUUGUGGGGAGCAGCUCAAUUUACAUGGCAUUAGUGCUGUAGUGUGUGAGGACUGUAAAAAGAGCAUGUGCAGUCAGUGCGGUACACAGUGUGGCAGUCGGCCACAUGCUGUGUGGCUCUGUAAGAUCUGCCGAGAACAGAGGGAGGUUUGGAAAAGGUCUGGUGCCUGGUUCUUCAAAGGUUUUCCUAAACACUACUUGCCAUCACCCAUACCAUUAUCGAAACAAAAAGAGACCAGAGUCCAGGAGUCCCCAAAGCCACAAGGGCCCCCCAACCCUGAGCCCAGAGCAGCAGUGACCCAAGUGCUACCUGCAGCUCCUAAGCCACAGAGCCAUUCUGGUUACCCACCUGUGCCCCCUAAACCAUCCACUGUCCCAAUGGCCACUGGUGGGGCUUGUCCUCAGGAGGUAGAGCAGGAGAGUCCAUUGGUGAUGAAGAAGAUGGUUCCUGUUCCGAGCUCCAGACCUCAGCCUCCAGAAGCAGCCUCAGUGGGCCAGCAGGGAGAUGGAGGCUCAUUCUCCUCUGCAGCAGCCUCUGUGGAGCAGAGAGCACCUCCUGCAGUGAGGGAGGAAAGGAGGCAACCUGCUGCCCGCGGAAACACUGUUCUUGUUCAGCAGCAGCCUCUCUCAGCUGAGGAGGAUGAGGAGGCCAACGAUUAUGACUCUGAUGAAGCCACCACUCUGGGUUCUCUGGAGUUUAGUCUGCUAUAUGAACAGGAAAGCAACAGUCUUCACUGUAAUAUCCUAAGAGGAAAGGGUCUGAAGCCCAUGGACUCUAACGGACUUGCAGAUCCUUAUGUGAAGCUCCAUCUGCUGCCUAGGGCCAGUAAGGCCAACAAACUUCGCACAAAGACCCUGAGAAACACUCUUAACCCCGCAUGGAACGAGACCCUGACCUACCACGGUCUUACAGACGAGGACAUGCAGCGUAAAACCCUCAGACUAUCAGUCUGUGAUGAAGACAAGUUUGGACACAAUGAGUUCAUCGGUGAAACACGAGUGGCACUGAAGAAACUGAAGAUGAACCAAAAGAAGAAUUUUAACAUUUGUCUGGAGAGAGUCGUUCUUACAAAGAGAACAGUUGGUGCAGCCAGAGGCAUCUCCCUCUACGAAGAUGAGACGGGGAAAGAUGGUGGAGCUGUAGAAGAACGAGGUCGGAUCCUGAUCUCGCUCAUGUACAGCACCCAGCAGAACCACUUGAUCGUUGGGGUCGUUCGCUGCGUUCAUCUGGCUGCUAUGGACGCUAACGGCUACUCUGAUCCCUAUGUGAAAAUAUGUCUGAAACCUGACAUGGGUAAAAAGGGCAAGUGCAAAACUCAAAUCAAGAAGAGGACUUUAAAUCCAGAGUACAACGAGGAAUUUGCCUACGACAUCAAACACAGCGAACUGGCCAAGAAGACUUUGGACAUCACUGUGUGGGAUUAUGACAUUGGGAAAUCCAAUGACUACAUUGGUGGCUGUCAGCUGGGAAUCACUGCCAAAGGAGAGCAGCUGAAACACUGGUACGAGUGUUUGAAGAACAAGGACAAGAAGAUUGAGCGUUGGCACACUCUGUUGAACGAGAACCACCAUGCCAGUGAUUAGCUAUAAUUAGGCCACGCCCACUACAGCAUGAAAAUCUGUCCUCACGUCUUAGUAUCAGUUUGUCUCCUAGAGCAAUUCUUUUUCCUUUCCUCCUUCCUAUCCUCUUUUCUUUCUCACUCGGUGGAGUUCAUGUACAGGUUCUGUGCCUGGAGGUCAAACAGCAACUGCUCAUGCCUCACAUCUUUAACCCAAACUUUUU